AUGGACCAUCGUGGAAUCUCACAGGCGAAGCUCAUCGAAUUGCAAGAUCCGUCAUUCCCCAUCAACGACCCUGAAUAUGCCCAGACUCUGUGCACUGCCCUCCAGGUCGGCAUCGUUAAUGUGCUGUCAUCAUGGCAGAUCAAACCGGAUACAGUAUUGGGACACUCCAGCGGUGAAAUUGCAGCUGCGUACGCAGUCGGCGCUAUCUCGUCUUCAGACGCAAUCAAGAUCGCUUAUUAUAGGGGCUUUUCGUCAAAGGCCUAUCUGCACAAUGGAACCAUGGCGGCCGUGAGCAUUAGCAAAGAGACCGCGGGAAAAUAUCUCAAUUCCUCUGUUGUGGUUGCGUGCCAUAAUGCUCCCAAGAGUAUAACUCUGAGUGGAGAUGCGGAUGAACUUCGUCUUGUGUUAGACCGUAUCGCAAAGGACUUCCCAGAUACUCGCUCGAAGGUCUUGAAUAUUCCUAUAGCAUACCACUCACGUAAGUCUUUCUUUGGUUGUCUGCGGAAUUGGUGCUAA